CGCCUUACUCAAAAUAAUCGUCAUUGCGCCGCGUGCGUUUUACAAGUCACAACGCUUAUAUAUACUCGACUGGCGCGCUCUUACACUUCACAUUUAUUUUUCUUAUUGUUGCGUUUUUUUUUAUACGUCUAUCAAAAUAGCCACAGGUAUUUUCGAAAAACGAAACGUGAUGGUUCAUUUAAGAACAACAGUUCGCGCCUCAGUAGUAUUUUUUGCCAUUUUAAUUAAAUCAUCACUAUCGAGCAAUGACGUGGACGGAAAAAAUACGUUUAAGACCAACCAUGAUGAUGGCAAUUACAAUUCGAAUGCGAAUAAAGAUACUGGGUACAAUAAUCACGAUUUGAAUACCUUAAUAGAAGAACUACAGCAGCUGCGUCAAAAUAUCGAAAAUGCAGCUUCUUCUGAAUUUAGAAAUACGCCAUCUUUUAAAAAGCUCAGUUCGCUGAAAAAGUCGCCGGAAAAGUUGAAAAAAGAACGAGAAAAACUAAUGAGAAAUAAUGAAAACGAUCUCAAUUAUCUGGAUUUUUUAUUAGCUAAACUAGAAUAUGAAAGUUAUCUAGAGAGUGAACAUCCUGAAAAUGAAAAUGAAUAUAUCAUUCAAGCGAAAAAGAACUUCGAUCCAAUUGACGCAUCUGGAUUCAGUAGUUUUAAUAAAAAGAAUUUUGAUCCAAUCGAUUCUUCAGGAUUUAGCAGUUUUAACAAGAAGAAUUUUGAUCCGAUAGACAGAUCUGGUUUCAGCAGCUUUAACAAAAAGAAUUUCGAUCCAAUCGAUUCAUCAGGAUUUAGCAGUUUUAAUAAAAAGAAUUUUGAUCCAAUCGACAGAUCAGGUUUUAGCAGUUUCAAUAAAAAGAAUUUCGACCCGAUUGAUAGGUCUGGUUUCAGUAACUUUAAUAAAAAAAAUUUCGAUCCAAUAGAUAGAUCAGGCUUCAGCAGUUUCAAUAAGAAAAAUUUUGAUCCGAUAGACAGAUCUGGUUUUAGCAGCUUUAAUAAAAAGAAUUUUGACCCAAUAGAUAGGUCUGGUUUCAGCAGCUUCAACAAAAAAAAUUUUGAUCCGAUAGAUAGAUCUGGUUUCAGCAGCUUCAAUAAGAAAAAUUUUGACCCAAUAGAUGCAUCUGGUUUUAGUAGUUUUAAUAAGAAGAAUUUUGAUCCAAUAGAUAGAUCUGGUUUCAGUAGCUUUAAUAAGAAAAAUUUUGACCCAAUAGAUGCAUCAGGUUUUAGUAGUUUCAAUAAGAAGAAUUUCGAUCCUAUCGAUAGAUCUGGUUUCAGUAGUUUUAAUAAGAAAAAUUUUGACCCAAUAGAUGCAUCAGGUUUCAGUAGUUUUAAUAAAAAAAAUUUUGAUCCAAUAGAUAGAUCGGGGUUCAGUAGUUUUAAUAAAAAAAAUUUCGAUCCGAUAGACAGAUCGGGUUUUAGUAGUUUUAAUAAAAAAAAUUUUGAUCCUAUUGAUAGUUCUGGAUUCAGUUCCUUUGUAAAAAAAAAUUUCGAUCCCAUUGAUUCUUCAGGUUUCGGUUCUUUUGUGAAAAAAAAUUUUGAUCCUAUCGAUAGUUCAGGUUUUAGUUCAUUCACAAAGAAAACUUAUCCAUAUGAAAAUUCGGCAUCCAGCCUGCAUGAAAAUAAGUCUGAUUUAAAAGAUACUGCGCAAAAUAAAUACACCAAAAAAAACUUUGAUCCAAUUGACAGUUCUGGAUUCAGUGAUUUUGUGAAAAAAAAUUUUGACCCAAUUGAUCGAUCUGGGUUUGAUAGUUUUGUUAAAAAAAGAAGUUUACCAUAGUUAGUAACAUGAUGUUAACCAUUUUACGUAUUUAUUUAUUAUAAAAAGGAAUGAACAUCUGUUAAAUAAUAAUUACGAGUACCUUACGUUAAACAUCUUCAAAUUGAAUAUAUAUAUUUAAUAUUUUUACGAUGAAAUGUUUUGUUUUGUGUCUUAAUUACAGAAUAUAAGUAUAAAUUAGAUUUUGUAGAUAAAAAAAUAAUAAAAGUUUAAUUAUCAUUUAAAUAAUUUUGUAAGUAAAUUACAUAUUUUAUAACAGCUUUUUAUUACAAAUAAAAUGCACAAAAUCAAUUGACUUUUUAAGAAGUGUUUUAUUAAAUAUGUAUUGUUUAUUCUAAAGGGGGAAAAUGGU